UUUCUAGACUCUGCUACAUAUUUUCCCAAGUUCUCAAACUCGGUGAAAAGGGUGACUAUUAGGGUUUUGGUUUGUUUGAUCAUGGCCUUUGCAAGCUAUUUAUCAUCUCUUCAUGUAGAAGCAUCAUCAAAGCAUUCUAUAAUAGCUUCUUCUGUUUCAAUUUCUCCACAAUUCUCAUUACCAUUAUCAUCGUCGUCCUCAUUUUCAUCUUCUUCCGUCAACCGGGAAUCUCGAAAGCUUUCGAUUUUUCCGAAUACAGUCAGAAUUGGUCCCACAGUUAAGGUCAAACCACAAGCUGGUGGUGUCAAUUCAGUUGCUGAGGCUUUUACUGAGUUCAAGCACCUUCUUCUACCAAUAACAGAUCGGAAUCCUUAUCUCUCUGAAGGGACUAGACAGGCUGCAGCAACCACAGCUGCUUUGGCAAAGAAGUAUGGUGCCGACAUCACUGUUGUGGUUAUUGAUGAAAAGCUGAAAGAAUCACUGCCGGAGCACGAUACUCAGCUUUCAAGCAUCCGCUGGCAUUUGUCUGAAGGCGGGUUCCAGGAAUUCAAGCUUUUAGAGCGACUGGGAGAAGGGAGCAAACCGACAGCAAUAAUAGGCGAGAUUGCAGAUGAUAUGAAUUUAGACUUGGUUAUUAUGAGCAUGGAAGCAAUCCAUUCGAAGCAUGUGGAUGCAAACCUGCUAGCCGAGUUCAUUCCCUGCCCUGUCAUUCUUCUUCCAUUGUAGAACCAGUCUCUUCUACCCAACUUUGUAACUCUUAACUCUCUUCUUAUAAGGUACUCCCCAUCUCCCAAAUGCUAAGUCUUCUUUAUGAUCAUUCAUCUUCCUUACCAAAUUGUUGGUUGAGGUUAGAGAUGCUCAAAGAAGCCCAAAAAGCAUGGGUCUGGUGAACCUGAAGCCCGGUCCCGACCGAGCCGAAAUAUUGGCAGCAUGUUAGAUUUAUCUUCUGCCUAAAUUUUAGACUAAAUCAGCAGCCUUUUCUUUUAAGUUCUUAUUUUUCUAUAGUUCU